GGGGUGCCCACAUCCAAGAUGGCGUCCCCAGGAGCUGGGAGCGGGUGACCGGCGACGGGGAAGCGGCCUGGGUUGGCCCUCAGAUUGCGGGGUCUGGGGGCAUCUCGCCGGGCAAACCCUUGGCCUGCCUACAAGGACUUCCCCCGGCCAGAGCAAUGGCCGCUGAGAACAGCAAGCAGUUUUGGAAGAGGAGCGCUAAGCUGCCGGGGAGCAUUCAGCCUGUAUAUGGAGCACAGCAUCCUCCUCUUGACCCACGGCUCACCAAAAAUUUCAUUAAAGAACGAUCAAAAGUCAACACAGUUCCUCUGAAGAAUAAGAAGGCCUCCAGUUUUCAUGAGUUUGCACGGAAUACCAGUGAUGCUUGGGACAUUGGCGAUGACGAGGAAGAGGACUUUUCCUCACCUUCUUUCCAAACUCUGAACUCAAAAGUUGCUUUGGCAACUGCAGCCCAAGUUCUAGAAAACCACAGCAAGCUGAGAGUAAAACCAGAACGGUCCCAGUCAACGACAUCGGACGUCCCUGCCAACUACAAGGUCAUAAAGUCCAGCAGUGAUGCCCAGCUGUCCAGAAACUCUAGUGAUACAUGCCUGAGGAACCCACUCCACAAACAGCAAUCACUCCCUCUCCGGCCCAUCAUCCCCCUCGUUGCCCGGAUCUCGGAUCAGAACGCUUCUGGGGCCCCCCCAAUGACUGUCCGGGAGAAAACCCGCCUAGAAAAAUUCCGUCAGCUUCUCUCCAGCCAGAACACUGACUUAGAUGAACUGAGGAAGUGUAGCUGGCCAGGGGUUCCCAGGGAGGUUCGACCUAUAACCUGGAGACUCCUGUCGGGCUAUCUCCCAGCAAACACUGAGAGGAGGAAGUUGACCCUGCAGCGGAAGCGGGAGGAAUAUUUUGGCUUCAUUGAACAGUAUUAUGACUCUCGAAACGAGGAACAUCACCAGGAUACCUACAGACAGAUUCACAUUGACAUUCCAAGGACGAAUCCUCUCAUUCCGUUGUUCCAGCAACCACUUGUACAGGAGAUCUUUGAAAGAAUUCUAUUUAUUUGGGCCAUCCGCCACCCUGCCAGUGGGUAUGUCCAGGGAAUUAAUGACCUGGUCACUCCAUUCUUUGUCGUCUUCCUCUCAGAAUAUGUGGAAGAGGAUGUGGAGAACUUUGACGUGACCAACUUGUCUCAAGACAUGCUGCGAAGCAUUGAGGCUGACAGCUUUUGGUGCAUGAGCAAGCUGCUGGAUGGAAUCCAGGAUAACUACACCUUUGCACAACCAGGAAUCCAGAAGAAGGUGAAGGCACUGGAAGAGCUUGUCAGCCGGAUUGAUGAGCAGGUACAUAAUCACUUCAGGAGGUACGAGGUAGAAUACCUGCAGUUUGCCUUCCGCUGGAUGAACAACCUGCUUAUGCGGGAGCUUCCUCUUCGCUGCACCAUCCGCCUGUGGGACACAUAUCAGUCUGAACCAGAAGGGUUCUCCCACUUUCAUCUCUACGUGUGUGCAGCCUUCUUGAUCAAGUGGAGGAAAGAGAUCUUGGAUGAGGAGGAUUUUCAGUAAACAAAAUUUCCACAGAGUGGCUUCACCCAGGCUGGAGUGCAAUGGCGUGAUCUCGGCUCACUGCAACCUCCGCCUCCCAGAUUGAAGCAGUUCUCCUGCCUCAGCCUCCCAAGUAGCUGGGACUACAGGCGGCCACCACAAUGCCUGGCUAAUUUUUGUAUUUUUAGUAGAGAUGGGGUUUCACCAUGUUGGCCAGGCUGGUCCCGAACUCCUUACCUCAAGUGAUUGGCCCACUUCGGCCUCCCAAAGUGCUGGGAUUACAGGCAUGAGCCACUGCGCCCAGCCCAGAGUAGUUAUUACUCAAAAAAAAGUUAUUUCAUAACACAAUGAUAUACAAAUAUUUUAUUUUAUAAGAUACAUAAAUAUAAUGAGAGAAAAGUGAAAGGCUUCCCUCCCAAAGGGUAACCACUGUGAACAGUUUCCCACUUCUCUAAAAUGUUUAUGUGUACAUGUACAUAUACAAAUAUAUUGUUGUGUUUUUUCUUUUACCUAAGUGGGAUCAUACUGUAAAUAUUUUUCCGCAACUGCCUUUUUUAUCCUUUCCAAAAUGUCUUCUUUAUCUUCAUAUACUGAUACAUGUAGACCGGCUUCGCUUGUUUCAAGUGCUGCCUUGCAUCUCAUGAUGCAGAUAAUCCAUGGUUUAUCUCACCAUUCCCAUAUUGCCAGACGCUUUUCUAGUAUCCUUUCUCCACUAUUUGAAGCAAUGAUGCAGUGAAUACCUUUGUACACACAGUAGUGUGACUAUUUCCCUAGGAUAGAGAGUUAGAAGCAGAGUUGCUGGAUGAAAGACCAUGUGCAUUUCUUAUUUUGAUAGAUAUGGUAUGUAUUUGUUAAGAUGAUAUAAACUUGUCUACUGUAACCAAGACCUCAAAAUAACAGUGGCUUAAAACAAGAGAGUUGUUUAUUUCCCUUCAACUAACAGUCUAAGUGUAAGCAGUCCAGGGCUAACAUUAUGGUUUUGGAGUGUUAGGGACUCUGAUUUGUCUUAUUACUCUGCCAUCUUCAACACAUGCUUUAACUUUAUGGUCUAAGAUGAUCACUUCUACUCCUCCAUUCAUAUCCAUUUUCUAAGAAGGAGAGAAGUUUAGAGCAAAACCUAGAAGUUACACCUAUCAUUUUUGUUCACAUCCAGAAUUGGCCAGAACCUAAUCGUAUUGGCCACACAUAGCAGUGAUGUGCAUUGGGCAGUUUUGUGCCCAGCUACACUUCUAGUACUAAAGGAAGAAAUCUCAUAAAGGAUGCACAAGACCUUUACACUGAGAACUGCAGAAUGCUGCUGGAGUAUUUGGAUCAGCUAGGAGCAGGGUUUGUAAGUUAUCAUAGUGUGAGUGGCCACUGGCAUUAGUGCGUUAGCUAUUCACAUUGCUAGUCUGUUUUCCCAUUUGGCUGUUUGCCUUCUUUCUUACUGAUUUGUAGGCAGUCCUUAUGGAUUACAUAUAUUAACCUUUUAUCUUCUAUAGAUGUUAUAAAUAUUUUGUCCGUUUCUUUUUAUUUUUUAUUUUUUUUUUGAGACAGAGUCUCACUCAGUCGCCAGGCUGGAGUGCAGUGGCGCGAUCUGGGCUCCCUGCAACCUCCGCCUCCCAGGUUCAAAUGAUUUUCCUGCCUCAGCCUCCCAAGUAGCUGUGACUACAGGCGUGUGCUACCUUGCCUGGCUAAUUGUUUGUAUUUUUAGUAGAGACAGGUUUCACUGUGUUAGCCAGGAUGGUUUCGAUCUCCUGACCUCGCGAUCCAUCCACCUCAGCCUCCCAAAGUGUGGGAUUACAGGCGUGAGCCACCGCGCCUGGCCUAUAUUUUAACUUUGUCAAAGGAUCACUUGAGCCCAGGAGUUCAAGUCUGCAGCAAGCUAUGAUUGCGUCACUGCACUCCAGCUUGGGUGACAGAGCGAGAUCCUGUCUCAAAAAAAAGUCAUAAUUAUUGUUACAACUAUUUAAAGAAAUAUGCAUGUGAAGAAAAGACUGAAAAUGAAUACUUUAAGAGAGGUAUAUUUGGAUAAGUGAUUAUUUUUCUCUCUUAAAAAUCUUUAUUGUUGUCAUUCCCUAUUUAUGUUUUUAUGUUUUUAAAGAGGCAGGUGUUAGUGGACUAGAGAAUCAGCAGAGGCUUUCAAGGCCUCCUGAGGUGAACUAGGACUGAAAGCUGUGUACUGUUUGGGAGGAAGGAGGCUGGACUCUUUGAGAUGUGUGAGCCAGGAGGAAGGGGCCCCAUUCUAGGCCUUGGUCUCUAAGAAUGGGUUCGCUUGUCUGCUGGUCUACGGUCUGGUAUGAUAUAAAAGUCCUUUCUUGCAUUCCAGGGUCUCCUCAUGCUGCUACAGAACCUACCUACAAUACACUGGGGCAACGAAGAAAUUGGGCUGCUUCUCGCCGAGGCAUACAGACUCAAGUACAUGUUUGCCGAUGCCCCAAAUCACUACCGCCGAUAGGUGCUGUCUCCUCCGGGGACCCAGACUGCCCUCAUCUCUGAUGGCAGUCUGAUCACUGUGGCCACUGUGCGAGCCGUGGACCCCGGCCAGGAACCACUCCUGUUGUACAAAGCUCACACCCGCCACCCAGGUCUUAACUUUCUGGCGUCCACCACUCCAUGUCUCUGGAUGUGUCACUUGGACCACUGUCAGUAUUCCAUGCCGCGUGGAUGGGCCCAGUUCUGGAAGAGGACAGAAAAGGUGGUACAGGGUUGUCUGCCCCUUUAAAAGAAACUGGACAAAGAAGGGGAAGGCUCAGGGUCUCACCUCACAUUGUCCCUACAAGGACAGGCCCCAACUGAUAACUGUUGCUUUUUUUUUUUGUGAACAUAGUUUGAUUUGAUCACAGGUCAAAAACGCCUUAUAUUUUCAAGACUCCUGGCCCCUCUUCCCUCUUCCUGGUUUCCUAGCCCUUCCCCUUCUGCCCCAGUCUGAGCCAGUGAGGGGCAGCUUUUUAAAACCAUUAUUCUAGAUGGAGGAGGCACUGAUGCUUGUAACUCUGGAAAGAGGCCUACACCCAAGGGCUAGGAAUUUUAUUUUUCCUUUUCUCACCAGGUGUCUGCAUGUGUGUGUGGGUGUGAAUGUGUAUACAUGCCCAUCAGCAUUUAGUCACAUGUCUGAAUUUCUGUGUCCAGACGAGCCCCAUCAAACUAGUUGGGAAGGGCCACAGUGACCAAGUGUAUAAGCAUCCCUUGAAGAGGGAUUGGGGCAGGGGAGGCAGAAGGGGCUCUCCAGACCCCUUUUCCAUGAUGACCCACUCCAAGAUAUUAUGUGUAAAUUGUGUUAUUAUGUAUAUGGGUAAAGAUGUACAAAUAUGUCCUCUUUGUAGCAGAUAUGAUUUUAUAUUUAUAAUGUGCAUCAACAUGUGAAAGCAAUCUAGGUCACUAGCACAGAGGAAGUUGCCAGGAAGGUGGCUUCAGCACCUCCAGGUUGGUUCUGGGUGUCCUGCUGUGAGGGGUAGAACGGGAGGCUGCUGGAGUGAGUGGCUGAGCAGCUGGAGCCAUCCCAAGCAUCAGUGUCUCAGAGUCCUCCUCACCCCUUUCUUUACCCCGCCCCCCAACCCCUAGACUUUCCUGGAGCAUCUGCCCUUUGCUCCUAGCAGCCUCCCCAGGAAGGGACUGCAGAGGCGGGCAAGCCCUCUCUAUGUGUUUUUAUCCCCACCUUCCCCGGAAUCUGGGGAGGGCUUUUGUUUUUACAUUUUCAAGUUCAGCAUUGUAUUCGGACAGAAGCUGUGACUGAAUACUCAGUGCCAAGGAAAGGGGCUUCUUGUGUGUCCCUCGGGUUUGGGGCUCUUCUCAGAGAGCAGCACUCCAUAUCCCUUACUGUCACCUUCACUCCCCACACAGCUCAUGAGAUGUGUGACCCCUGUUUGAGUUUUGGUAUUUGGUAGUGGAGGGUGGGGGGAUGGGGGCCAGCAGCUGUCAUCCUCCUGGGAAGCCGAGCAGUGUCCCUGGUGGGUAACACCCUCAAGUCUCUUUGCCAGUGAGGCCCCACCACAUCGGUGUGAGUUAGGUUUCUCAUCUGGAGCUGUUUCUCAGGCAUUCUUCCCGACCCUCUUCCUUUUCCCCUUCGGUGUGCCUCAGUGGUCUCCUUCAUAGAGUGAGAGGGCUUGAGACCCUCCCUCAACCAGACUAAAGAAAGACACUUGUGUUCCCAAGUGGUGGUUUUAUUUUUUUAGUUUUUAUGUUUGUAUGGGAAAUUGUGGAUAAAGUGAAAAGAAUUGUAAAUAAAUGGUGUAUUUCCUCCUCCA